GUCUUUGUAUUUGAUGUUGGUGGGAAGACGUGGAAAAAUUAUAACUGGUCACUAAUUACAACGGUGGCCACGUUUGGAAAAUAUGACCCUGAGCUUAUGUGUUAUGCUCAUUCAAAAGGAUGCAGAGUAGUUUUGAAAGGAGAUAUAUCUGUGAAGAAAAUUAUUGAUCCUGCGAUUAGAGCAGCCUGGAUAAACCAGCAGGUGGACCUGGCCAAAGUACAGUAUAUGGAUGGAAUCAAUAUUGACAUUGAGCAAGAGAUUAACCCAUUUUCGGCGGAAUAUUAUGCAUUAACAGCUUUGGUUAAAGAAACCACAGAUGCUUUUCACCAAGAAAUUCCAGGAUCCCAGGUAAAAAUAGAAUAGUGACUCU